AUGUCCGUUAAAGGCUUUAUUUCUGUUACUUUCGCUCUAGCUCUCCUCGUAGGAUUAUUAGUUGUGUUCCCAAAACCUUCUUCCAACGACAAACCCCCACAAGAACCUUCUCGUCUCACAGGAUAUCCUAGUUGGCAUGGUGUGGUAAAAGGUAAUGACCAACAGAAAGUUGAUUCAUUCGCAGCUUUCGAUAGUAUUGUGGCAUUGGUCGCAGCUGUUUUAACCUUCAAAUGGGCAUACCUGGAAAAGAUACCAAAGAAGGUAAUGUCUUACUUCCAUUCCGAUGAGGGAACUAUUCCAACAACUAGCUUGAACAGGUUCAUCUCGAUGUACGCUCUGGGUACAUUUACGGCUGUAGUUGCUUCCAUUAUCUUUGAUAUCGGCAAGCUGUGGAGUGUGUUUGGUGCCUUACACAACGUAUUUGAAGUAGCAAUUUUACUGCUUAUUGGUCAAAAUGGCAAGAUUAAGGGACACUCGUUUUACUAUCUUUGGGGGACCUACUAUCUGAUAAUCAAUACCGUAUGCAUUAUAUUGAAUUGGCCAUUUGACGCCAUAUUCUUCAAAGUGCAAGGGCUUGCUGUGGAUUAUGCCGUGGUCAUUGAAUAUACGAGAGUCUUCAUCCACACCAAAAAGAACUUAAGUGAACAUGACUUGCAACUUCCUCUCAAUACUGACGAAAACAGAGAUGACGAUGAUGUACCUGCCACAUUUGCGAUACACCAUCCUAGACAAUGGCUGCUGGUAAUAGCUGCGGCUGGUGUUCAUUUGAUUGGCAACGUUCUCAACACCCUUUCUCCAAACGACGCUAAAACCGAUCUUGCCUUCCAAUUGUCGUACGCCAUUACGUUCUUGUUAUACCUCCUCUAUGUCUACUUUGAUACCCAUACUAUUAGUCCAGGCGUACCCAAGAGAUUCUAUUUGCCAGAGACUCCGGGUGCUAAAGUCGCUUUUUUGGCUAUUAUAAGUCUUUGGCUUUCUCUUUCUACAUUAGCAGUUGGACUUGUUCUUCAGCAAAAGAAAUAA